AUGUUUCCAGGACAAGGCAGACAUACUUACGGAGGUCAACAAUCCAAUCAAGGUCAAUACAACAGACCUUCUGGCCCUCCUCCAGAUCAAUACGGAUCUAAUCAAGAUCAGUACAAUAGACCAUCUGGUCCACCUCCAGGUCAAUAUGGUUCUAACCAAGGUCAAUAUGGAUCAAGUCAAGGUCAAUACAGUAGACCAUCUGGUCCUCCUCCAGGACAGGGUCUGUACAGUGGACAAUCAGGAUCUAGCCAAGGUCAAUACAGCAGACCAUCUGGCCCUCCUCAAGGACAGGGUCUGUACAAUGGGCAAUCUAACUCAACUUCACAAUCUUCUGGUACUACCAGAGGAAACCAAUACACUGAUGAACAACAAGAUUAUGGACAUCAACAUGGAAGCGGUCAUUACUCACGUCCACCACAACAAACUCAAUCAUUUGGAGUUGAUAAUUACAAUUAUUCUUAUUCACUGUGUUCAGGACGUAAGAAGGCUUUAUUAGUUGGUAUCAAUUAUUUUGGAACUAAAAAUGAAUUGAGAGGACCAAUUAAUGAUGUCAAUAAUGUGGAGAAAUUUUUAUUGAAUAGUGGAUUUUCUUCUGAUAAUAUUGUCAAAUUAACUGAUGAUCAAAGGGUUCAAAGAGCAAUUCCAACAAGACAAAAUAUUCUUGAUGCAAUUCAAUGGUUAGUUAAAGAUGCUAAGCCUAAUGAUAGUUUGUUUUUCCAUUAUUCUGGACAUGGUGGACAAACUGAAGAUCAACCAGAUGAAAACGGACAAUAUGAUGAAGAUGAUGGAUUUGAUGAAGUUAUUUAUCCAUUGGAUUUUGAAACCAAUGGAUUUAUUGUUGAUGAUUUGUUACAUUCAAUGAUGGUUAAAACUUUACCUCAAGGUUGUAGAUUAACUGCAUUAUUUGAUUCAUGUCACUCUGGUUCUGUUUUGGAUUUACCAUAUAUGUACUCUACUAAAGGGGUUUUGAAAGAACCUAAUGUAAUGAAGGAAUGUGGUGAAGGGUUAUUACAAAGUGCUAUUGCUUAUGCAUCAGGUAAUAAAUCAGCCAUGUUCACUGGACUUGGUAGUGCUGUUAAAUCAUUUAUGAAUAAAGGCAGAGCAGAAAAAGCAAGUGAAUAUACUAAACAAACCAAGACUUCACCAGCGGAUGUUAUUUCAAUGAGUGGAUGUAAAGAUGAUCAAACCAGUGCUGAUUCUAAAGAAGGUGGUGUUGCUACUGGUGCAAUGAGUUAUGCAUUCUUGACGGUUAUGGGUCAAAAUCCAAACCAAUCAUACUUGAGUUUAUUGCAAAAUAUGAGAGAUAUUUUACAAUCUAAAUAUAGUCAAAAGCCUCAAUUAUCAUCUUCUCAUCCAAUAGAUGUUAAUUUACAGUUUAUAGUUUAG